AUGCAUAAACACGAGGAAUGGGGUGCCGAAAGACUUGUUGCAGUUGUCGCAGCGGGCGUGCAGUCUAGUAAAAUUGUGGAUAUUCCAGAAUUACCCGAGUAUGAGUUCGUUGAUACUAUCUUAGAUGAAGAAUCGCUGGUAGAUAUCACUGACUCUGUCGUCAACAACACACUCAGGUGGACUGCCCCCACCAAGUUUGCUAACUAUACACUGUUCGCGGUUUAUGAGAAAUUCACUUUGCAGCGGUCAGUAGACCCUAUCGACCAUGCUGCGGAGCUUAUCGGCAACGGAUCCUGGAUCACCGACCACUUUAGUGCUUCAGGGGCGAAUCUCGUAAUAGAUUUUUGGGAUGAGCAUAUUCUAGGCGGUGAGGUGAAUGAGUUGAUUAAGAAAGUUGGUGAACAUGCCUGGGAAGACAGUAUGGAGAUGUCGUCAGCCCUGUGGUGGUCUCAUGGCUUUCUUGAGCGGUUCGAGGCCAACCGGGGCUAUAGUCCCAGGAAAUAUCUCCCCCUUCUCUUCCACCAGUCGAAUACGCUACGCGCCCAAUAUCGCCCGUAUAACACUACCUACCUACUUGGCAGCACCGACCAUGGCCAGCAUAAAGCGUUACAAGAUUACCGCCUCACCCUAAGUGAGGGGUAUCAUGACGUAUCGGCAAAAGAGCUCGUCAACCUCUUUCAGGAAUCCUUCGCCGCAGGUGUAAAUGUCAUGGUUGUGCAUGGCAUGCCGUACGGCGGGGAGUUUAUGUCAACGUGGCCAGGCUACACACCUUUAUUGUACUCGUUUGAUUACAAUGCAGGCCCGAGGCUCCCAGACUGGAACUAUAUGGACGACCACAUGGCCUAUGCGGCAAGAAACCAACUUGUUUUACAAACAGGGACGACUAAACGAGAUAUUGCAUUUUACCACUACGACGAACCACGAUCUGUUACAGAGGGUUACAACUUUAGCGAUCUGCGGGCUGCUGGCUUUUCAUACGAGUAUCUCGUGUCGGCAAACCUCGCCUCUGGUAGAGCGGCAAUAUCUAAUGGCGUAAUUGCCCCUGAUGGCCCGGCAUAUCGUGCUCUCGUCUUCAACGAGCAGACGUACAUUAGCGCUGCAGCAGCCUCUAGAGUUCUCACGCCUGCAUCCCUCCGUCUCUCUGAUAACCGCAACGUUUCAGUUCAUGCCACGAAGUGUGGCACUGGCCCUUCGCCCUUUACUAUUGAGGAAUGGAAUGUCCAAAUCCAGUCAUGGGUGCCUGACGUCAAUAAGUCAAGCUCGCGCUCGAUGAUUCAAACCAUCGAGCUCGGUACCUUGCCCGAACUUAAGCCGUGGUCGGAAAUCAGCCAUGUUCGGAACGUCUCGGGAGUUGGUGUCUAUCAGGCGACCUUUUCGAUGCCUAAGAAUUACUCUCGAAAUAUGUAUGCGUCUGCUACAAUGAUCCAUUUCGGGCCAAUUCUCAACACGCUCCGUGCCUGGGUCAACGACAGGUUACUUCCGCCUAUUGAUCUGGCUGAUGCAGAGGUUGAGAUUUCGAAAUAUUUAGUUGAAGGGGAAAACACAAUCCGUAUCGAGGUUUCUUCCACCCUCUUCAAUGCUGUAAAAGCGAGGGUCGACUCAUUGGCCACGAUGGGGAGUCCGGUUAUGUUUCCGAGCUCCUAUAGUGAUGACGUUCCAUUCCAGGAGUUUGGGCUGGUAGGCCCUGUUAUGAUACGACAGCUGAGGAAGGUCACCAUUCGCCAUCCGGAUCAGUAA